AUGGCACCGCCAAAGCAAGAGUUCCAAGAGUCGCUGAAGCACAUGAGACAAGGUGGCAGCGCACGCCAAGGCGGCUCAGCCUCAGACAGGAAGUCGCGCGUGAGAUUUGCUUUGAGCGAGGCGCAUCUUAGGCGAGCCAGGAAACACAUGGCUGAAGCCCGUUGUGUAGCUCUCUUCCGCGACGAGCGCAAGGGGCGGUUGCUGGUCCGGUAUCGCGCAUGCCUGGGUGACGACUUCACUGUCGUCAGUGGAGUGCUGGGGUUGAGACCGUGUGAGGGAUCUGGCGAUGAUCUCUCAAAGGUCACAAAGGUGAUUCUCACAGACUUUUGCACUCCUCACCAAGGCCUUCUGCGGAACUGCGCCUUGCCAGACCAAGAGAAUGUAGAUCCUGCUAGUCUGGAAAUUGAAAUCCGCAAGAAAGUCACCAUGGUCGUUUCAGAUGCAGCCGCUGCAGAGCUUGUUUCAGGCGAUAUCCUACGGGGACGCAGAGCCUAUGCAUGCAGUGGCCAGCUGCAAGCGGAUUUCCCUAACAUUCGCAUCGUGGGCCGCGACAUUGCGCACGCGAGCACCAGGUUGUUGAAGAGACCCCUGUGCCACCAUGAGACACUUAAGAGUCUGACAUCUGAAUUCGUCACUGCUUCUGACAGCUUUUGCCAGAAGGUGUUUCAUUCAAAUGUGUUCAAAGGUUGGUGGGCCGAGGCGCUAUUACACAAGGAGGAUGAAGAAUUCACCACUGGCAGUAGCAUCAGCGCAGCUAAGCAUCGGUUCAGCUCAUACGCUCUCCCACUGGGACGUUUGUGCCGGAACAGUGUGGCGAUGGUGGCUGUGUGCCAACGCAUUGAUGCGAUGAGGGGUGAGAACGCGCUAUGGGCUGGGAAGCUGUUGAGGAAUUUGACUGGGAGAAAAAUGCUGCUUUUAAGCAUGUGCGCGGACGCAGCGCACACAAGUCUGGAUUUCACGCGGUUUGCAGAUGAGGAAUCGUCUGACAUCGCCCAGCUGAAUCAGGAAGCAGAUAAAUUUUGCAGGACAAUUCGCACUCUUUUUGUCGAUGGAAGAGUCACUGAAUUGCCUACCUUCACGAAGGACAUGAUCGACACCCUGCAAAGAGGCGACCUGACUGUCAUGCUGGAUGGAUGCCCUCGCGAAAUUCGCAUCACUCAGGAGGACAAGGUGUAUGCUUUGAAGGUCAUGCAGGAAUGGGCUGUUGCAGCAGAAGCCAGUGUGGAAAGUGAAUUUCCCAGUUGGCACUUGCUGUCUUGCUUUUCAGUUUUCAAUUUGCAAAGCCGUCGCGACUCUCGCCAGCAGGAUUCAUCGACUGUGAGGGCCUGUCUGAGGAAGUUAGCCAAAGCUUUCAAUGUUUGCCCUGAAGCCUUGCAAAAGCAAUAUGUUGGGCUCCUUCCUGUUGCCGAGGCGUUGCACAAACAAGGGUCGAUGGUCAACCGAGCGGCCUGGACAGAGGCGAUUCGAAGAACAGUGUCGAGGCAAAAAGUUCGAGAACGACACGCGCCGAAGGAGCUCUCCGAGGUCCUAUGCGGCUACUUCACAUGGUCCGCAAGCACUUCUGGCGUGGAGCAGCUCUUUUCCAAGAUCAAAAGAUCUCCGGUAGAGCUCGCUUCGGCGUCUGUGGACACCGACCGGCGCUUGGCGAUCGUCAUGGGUGAUGAUGCGCAGGGAAUGAAGUCCGAUGAAGACACCCUCAUCACCGAAGCGCAGAAGCUUUACGUGGGCUUGCUUCGCUCGGGGAAAGCGCGUGCUUCUGCAAAGACCAGGAGGUUGGAUGCGGGCAGCAAACGGAAGUUGAGGCCACUGCCUGGCAAGAAGAAAACCGAGGCUCAAUGGCAUCGCCGCAGGCGUGCAGCAGUUGCGCGGGCGACCCGAGAUGACGCCGAGUUGGUGACCCCACCCAGGCGCGCUCCUGUCGAAUUGCCACAAAGCUUGCAGAAGGAGACGGACCGUCAAAGAACCCAGGCAGGCAAGCGCAAGGCAGAAGCAUUUCUGGAUGGGUACCUUCUGGACGAGGAGAUUACUGAUUCAGUCCGUCAGGUGGCCCGAGAUCAGUUGCGUGGAAACAAUGCGAGCGAUGCGAAGCGCCGGAAGGACCUGCGGCAAGGGCAGUUGUUUGUGGUCAAGGGUUUUGGCUCCGUGCAUCGGAAGGUGCGCCUCAUGGCUGCCCUCCGAGGAGGCACCAUCUUAUCCGGGAGCGUUUUGGAAGGGCGAUCUGGUGCAAAGGUCACCUAUAAUUCAGGCUUGAUGUUGCCGGUCGCGGUGUUCACGAGCAACGAUUUCAAGACACAAGAGCCUGGGAUGACCAUGAUUUUGCGGGAUGCCUGUUCACAUGGCUGGCAGGCUGUCGCUGUGGAGGGUCUCCGUGGAAGGGGCCGAAGACCAUCUCUGCAUUUGAAAGCUUCCUCUGAAAGAGUUCAGGGGGUUCGGGGCGUCCUGUUGCUGACAGGCAACGAGUUUGUGACUUGGCUCACGGGGAAGUGCGUCAACAAGACCCUGACUGCGCGCGUGCAGGAUGUGCCAAAUGAUGCUCAGCGAGAGAUGGUGAAUGACAUCAACAACUUGUCCUCGAGUUGGCGAAGGCGUCUGGGUUUGCACCCGGCGCCAUCUGAUGAAGGGAUGAUCCGCCUAGUCUCUGACUGUGCGGGGUAUGGAUCGGAUUUGAUUGCCCUGAGAUUGCUGGGCUUGCAGAAGCGGGUUCAAGUGGUGAUGAUUUCGGAGGUUGCAAAAGACAAGCGGAUUCUGCACUCCAGCGUCGCUACUGCUUGUGGCUGGUCUGAUGGACAUGGCGAAUCAGUCAGUGAUAUCAUGACGCGAAAUGACCUGACCGCGCCGCGCGCGGAUCUCUAUGUUGCGGGGUAUCCGUGCCCUUCGUUCUCUCGGCUCGGUAAACGACAGGGCGCGCGAGACCAGCGCGGCUUUGUGACUUUGAAGGGUCUUAAAUACAUAGCGGCGUCCAGACCUAGAGCUCUAAUCUUGGAGCAAGUUUCCGAGCUGCAGCAGGCCAAACACAAGCGGGUUUGGGAGUUUAUUCAAAAAAUUCUUACCAGACUGAAUUACGCUUUUGUUUGGAAAGUGUUGAGCCCAAAGCACUUCGCGGUCCCACAAUCCAGGCCUAGGACCUAUGUCGUGGCUGUGGCCCGAGAAAGCCUCCGAACCAGGGAGCUGACUUUGCCUGCUGAAAGGCCUCAUUGCUCAGAUUUGCAUUACUUCCUUGACAAAACCGUGGUUGGAAGUGAGAAGCUGGACCUGCCAGUGUACGAGGAGAAGCUGGGCAGCCAGAUGUGGGAAAGGGGCUGGGUGCUGGACGUGGGAUCAUCGCCUUCGUUCCAACACCCGCUCAAAAAUCUAUGCCCUUGCCUGACCAAGACAAGGCUACAACAAGGAGGCUACUACGUCACCAGACUGAGGCGCAGACUCCUGGUCGAAGAGGCGGGUCGCUUGCAAAGUGUGCCUCAGCAAGUGCUGAAGCAAAUGGUGCAGGCUGCGAAUGACGCCAAUCUGCGUCAGAGAGCUGUCGACGCAGCUUUGGGGGACGGGAUGAGCGUCGCCGUCUUGAUGUCAGCCCUUGGCGUUGCAUUGGAUGGGUCGGGAAUGACCUCGACAAUGCAGCGGAAGAGAGAUUAUUGGCUGCGAGUGCCAUGUGGUAGUGCCGCAGCACAGAUGAGCGACCGACUGUUGCAGAGACAGGUGGCAGAGAUGGUCGACCCGCCUGGUCGUCCUGGUCAAGUCGUCGACGAGAGCGACGACGACGAGUACUCCUAUGAGUCAGAGCCCGAGCCAGCCUCAGACGCGACCCCGAUCUCCUUCUCGUCGUCGUCGUGGUCCUGGCCGGAGGGACAAGUCACCUUCCAGAGGACGCCUCCCCGCCGAACGGCUUCUGAUGAUGGCGCUGCAGACGCUGAGAAGUCAGCGGCGUGGUGCGAAGUGUGCCACCGCACGCUCAAAAGCAGUUCUCAGUCCACUUUGGACCAACACCGAAGGUGUGCCUGGCACCAGGCUUGGGCGCUUUAUGCCCAAAACCCAACGUGGGACUGGGGGAAGUGCAAGAAAGAAGGUCAGCGCGAGUCGGAUCGGCUCUGGAACGAAGAGUAUGGCGGCAGCAAGGGCAAAGCUGACACCCAACACAAAGCCCGUGGCAAGACGAAAGACAAGAAGAAGAACAAAAGGGCUUUGUCACCAGUCUUGGACAGAGAGGAGGACCCUCGCGACAAAAAGCCGCCGCCUCCAGGACCGACCGGCGGUGGUGACUCAGACGACAAAGUGCGGGUCCUUGCAGCGCUCUGGGAGAGGACUGUGCAGCACGCACAUGAGACGGCCGAUCCCUAUCACCUGGCCUGCUGCUACUACAUGGCCGAUGGCACCUUGCCAUGGAAAGACGCAAUGGCAAAGGCAGCCCGCGAGGUCCGGCGUCAAUGGAAAGCGGAGAAAGCUGCGGCCAAAACCGCAGCGACUGCCGACCAGACGACGCUUCGCGAGACUGAGGACAAUGGAGAAAAGAAGGGAAGGCCCCCACCUCAAGACAUCGACAACCCGAAGGCCAAACGCAGCAAAUGA